GUCGUGUGGAGGUUAGCGGGGUUUAUCCGGUCGACAUUGAGCACAGAGACCGAAGAAGACGGGCCUCCGCUGUUGGCCUGUCGGAGGAAGGAGAAAAGCUUACAGAUAUCCUGAGGGUGAAGGCAUAGGGUACACAUCGGAAGUCGGGAACGUUGGAUCCAGGUUCGAUUGCGCAUGGUGCGCGAUACGUGGUGUCCUUCUCCGUCCGUCCGACCACCGUCACCAAAAUCCCACAUCAUCUUGACUAGUCGCUAAACGUGAGGAAUGGGAUAGUAUAUACUCGCGUCCAGAUGGGCUGCGAUGAAAGUUAUGUGGCUCAGGACGCGCAAACUCGAGUGGCUAGCGAGAUGGUAGUUUGGGAAGAGACGCGUCGGAGGGGAACAUUGCCCCAGGCACCCUCUCGUGCGCUCCGUCCGGCGUUCCAGCCGCCCCGGCGCCGCUUACCGAAUCCGGCAUCUCGGCACCUCACAAAGAAAUCGCCAAAUGUGGCAGCCUUUGUCCACGCCCCGCGCUGGCAGGCCUCGAGGCAGUCCUCGGGACGGCAGAGGGCGGUCCGCGGUGACACUAGCAUGGUCAGGGAGCGUAGAAUAGCGCCUCUGGAGGCUUGCGAGCCUCUGCUUGCCGUAUACGAUUGGUCAGCAAGCGCCCCCAGCGCUUGUUGUGAACGUCAUUUGACUCAACGGCCGCGGCUUGGCGGGUUCGUCAGAGGCGACGCACACCUGAAGCCCCGGGCCACGACAGCACAGAUUGCUAUUCCGAAUAUGUCAAGAGACACGGUGCAUCGCAGUGGCCCAUGCAAAAUGUAUCAGUUGGGAUAGAAUGCUACUAUGGUACUGUUGGAUCUAUCAGUCAAGCAGGAAGACCAACGACAGUCAAGCACCUACCCUGACUAUGCCGCCUCUCCCUGCCUACCCUCUACCGC